GAGUCCCAUUUUCAAAACUUUUUGUUUUUCUCAGAAUCACAGAACAACUUAUGGUCGUUGACUGUUUAGCUAUUCCUCAAUUUAUUCAUUUCUAUUUUUCUUUACAAGCAUUUGAGAAUUCUGCGAAUAUCUUGGUUAUAAAACUAUUAUGCAUGUAAUGGUGCAGGACUGUCUUCAAUUGUUGAACAACCUUCUCCGAACUAAUGCAUCUAAUCAGAUACUACUGAGAGAGACUAUGGGAUUUGACCCCGUAAUAUCAAUUCUGAAGCUACGGGGAAGUACUUACAGUUUCACCCAACAAAAGACAAUUAAUCUACUCAGUGCAUUAGAAACCAUUAAUUUGUUAAUGAUGGGAGGUACAGAGGCUGAUCCUGGAAAAGAUGCAAAUAAGCUAACAAAUAAAGCAACACUGGUUCAGAAAAAAGUAUUGGAUCAUCUUCUUUUGUUGGGUGUUGAAAGCCAGGGGGCACCAGUAGCUGUCCGUUGCGCGGCAUUACAAUGCAUCGGUGAUCUGAUUGUUGGACAACCCAAGAAUCUUGAUAUCCUUGCAACCAAAGUUCUUGGAGAGGAGCCACAAACAGAACCUGCUUUGAACUCUAUUCUUCGAAUCCUUUUGCGGACAUCUAGUAUGCAAGAGUUUAUUGCAGCUGAUUACGUUUUUAAGAGCUUCUGCGAGGUUGAUAACAUGUAUCUGCUCUAUUUUGUCAUUUUCUUUGGUUCCUAA